UUGAGGCUGGAGAAGCUGUCUCCCAGCUGAUGGGGGCUCCUGGGGCUUUUUGCAAGAUCUUCACAGCUGUCCAUGGAAUGGGGAAGCUGUAGGUUUCAGAGAAAAUUAUGUUCCCUGACGUGUGAAGGAGAAGUGAAGAGCUGAAGGAGAGAGGUCGGCCUCAGCACUCCUUGGGAUGAAUCCGAGUGGGAGCGGUGCCAUUCCCCGGCUGGAAGAGUGACACGCACAUGGUGCCAGCCACCACCACUGAGGCUGGCGCUGAUUCCAUCUGCUGAAGAUGGCUCUGAACUGGUCAGUUCUGGCUGUGCUUUUCUUGCCAAUCAAGCUGGUUGAAGCUUAUGCAGUUCACAAGAGGGUGAGUGUAGAGGCUGGCCAUGAAGCUGUGCUGAGUUGCCCCAACACCUCCAAUGCAUCUUUGCUGCUGGUGACAUGGAAGAGGAAUUGCAGCAGUUGCUGCCUGCUGUCUUAUAGAAGGGAUCACAAUGAGACAAGCAGGCUGAACUGCAGUGAGAGGAUCACAUGGAAAUAUUCAUCUGCCAGUGACCCUGCGCUUCGUAUUUACCCUGUGAACCUUGGGGAUGAGGGAAAUUACACCUGUGAAACUGCCAGCAGUGCAGGGAAUUUUCAUUUUUUCUUUUCUCUGACUGUGAUAGUCCCUCCUAUGGUGACUCUGACCCAUGACAAGAGCAGGGUGGCUGUUUGUCAGGCAUCUGCAGGAAAGCCACCUGCUGACAUCUCCUGGAUCCCUGCAAGCAAUCACAGCUCUGAGGAAGAAUUCCAUCACCCCAAUGGAACAGUGACCAGAGUGAGCUACUUUGGCUGGGCCCACAGCUCAUUUCCCUCUGUCACCUGCCUGGUCACCUACCCAACCAAGAACCAGACUCUGGUCAUGGACCUGAGAUACCCUUGCCAUAGGCUUCUCUACAUCCUGGUAGGAGCAGCUGCAGGUGUCAGUGCUGUCACUGGCGUGGCUUUAUGCUUGAUUUUCAGGUGCAGAGCUUGCUGGUUAUGUAAACAGGCACCUGGCCCGGCAGAACACUCUACAGUAAGUGGGCUUCGUGCUUACCUGCAGGUUCCCAGCUUCACGUGCGAGAAGAGCAGUCAAGCCUCCUGA